GUAUCUUUGGCCGGGAAGUUCAAGGAGAGUCUGACUAAGGAGCUGCGCCUCGACAUCACCGAUGCGACCUUUAGCCCGUCCGUGGCUUCGGAGGCCACCGUUACCGAGGAGAAUGUUUACGUCCUCACAGAGGAAAGACUGUACCAGGCAAUCAAGUUCCAUGAGGCCGAUGCAUCCUUCUUCCGCAGUGACUUGAACACCUGUAAAAACUUCCUCAUCGACAAGUACUUGCACAUGGACGCAUGCAGUAUUCUGCGAAGAAUCCACAAACGUAUUGGCGAGGUUACGUGGGAAGUCAUGGAUUCCACGGCAUCGCGCGUGAAAAAUGCAGUGCAUGGUUCCCCCUUCUCCAUGCUUGCCUUGAGUGAGAAAGUCACUGGCCAGCUUGAAGACCGAUCCAGGGGAGCAGUCGGUUUUUAA